AUGAGAACAUAUUUGUUGAUCAUUUUAUUUGCUAUCGCUAAACUUGAAUUGAAUUUCGCAAGGGAAUAUGAAGUAUGUGAGCUUGUUGACGAACUUUACAACAAGUAUGAUGUGCCACGGGAUGAAAUUUAUAAGCAUCUGUGUAUAGUUAAGGAAACUACUCAUGAAGAAUAUGGAAUUUAUAGAAUAAAAUAUUACUGGUGUGCAGAAUAUGACGGUAUCUGUAAUGCUUCAUGCGAUGAUUUCGUUGAUGAUGACAUUGCUGACGAUGUCGAAUGUGCUACUCUAGUAUUACAACAUGAAGGGAUUGAUGCAUGGUUAUUAUCAGAUCGAAAUUGCGAAGGUUAUAAGAAAGAAGUUGACACUUGUUUGGAACGUGUUGAAGAAACAUCUAAAAGUUUCGGUAAUUCUUACGAUAUUGAUGAAUAUGGCGAUUUUAUGAAUCACACUCAUUAUGCAAGUUCGGCAGUAGCAACAACAAAUUCUUUCUUAGGCACACAUUUUACUAUUCUUUCAUUUGCAUUAUUUUCUUGUAUUAAAAUAUUUUAA